ACUUAAUGUUUUCCUGCGAGGUUAGUUUUUAACACGCUGCAACAAGGCUAGGCAUUGUCUUUGCAUGCUGGUGUUUUUUGCAGGAUUGAAAAGUUUGGAUAAAAAGUCGGUGCAUGCUUACCUUAAUCACAAACUCGCAAGCCUUAUCUCAGCUGAAUACUGUUAGCUGCAGAACAAACUGCACAACAUGUGUGGAAGGACAGCUUGCACACUUGAUCCGAACCAGACUCGACGGGCCUGCACCUACACCAACAGGCAGGGCCGACGUGUGCGGCCCAGGUGGCGCAACAGCCCCUCUGGUAACCAAGGCAACACCGGCAGCACUGGGGGCAAACAGCAACAAGGCGGCAAGCAGCAGGGCAAGCAGCAGGCUCCACUGGAGGGCAAAGGUCGCAAGAAGUACUACCCUUCCUUCAACCUGACGCCAACGGCUGUUACGCCUGUGCUCCUGUCAGCCAAGCAUUUUGACAGCGAGGCAGCCGUGGACGACCGGCAGCUGACUCCAAUGCAGUGGGGCCUGGUCCCUUCAUGGCACAAGGGGGACCCCACGGGCCUGAGCUACAAGAUGAACAACUGCCGACGAGAGGGCAUAACCCAGAAGCGAUCCUUUAGCCGCCCCCUGGACAAGGGCCAACGAUGUGUGGUUCUUGUUGACGGUUACUAUGAGUGGUUGACGUCAAAAGAUGGCAAGAAACAGCCUUACUUCAUCUACUUUCCUCAAGACACUCCCAUCGAAAGCCUUGCCUCCAAAACCUCAUCAGCAGAAGCCGAGGUGACAGAGAUGCCUGACUUCCUCCCAGAGGAAGAGGUCACCGAGGGGUCAGAGUGGAAAGGUCACAAGCUGCUGUCGAUGGCUGGAUUGUUUGACCGCUGGUUCCCACCAGAGGGUGGUCCACCAUUGUACACGUACAGCGUCAUCACUGUGGAAGCGUGUCCCAGUAUGAGCUGGUUGCACCACCGCAUGCCGGCUGUUCUGGAUGGAGACAAGGCCAUCAGUGAUUGGCUGGAUUAUGGAACGGUGCCAACCAACAAAGCUCUGGAGCUUAUCAAGGCAGAGACUUGCUUGACCUCUCACCCCGUUUCAUCGCAGGUCAACAACUCCAGGUACAAAGGAUCGGACUGCAUCGUACCAAUUGAUCUAGAGAAGCCGAUGAAAGAGACGGCCAGCAGCAAAAUGAUGGGUGCCUGGCUGGCCAAAGCAGCCAAACCCUCCCCAAGCAAAGACACCAAGCAGGGAAUCAAGCAAGAGAUCAAAAAAGAGGUGGAGUCCUCAUCGCCAUGGAAGCUGGGGUCAUCACCACGGAAACAGGAACCAGGCCUGAGGUCAUCGCCACUGAAGCGUACAGCCAUGACGGACUGGCUGAGCAAGACCAAUCCAGAGCUGAAGGUCAAAGUUGAGCCUGGUUCUCAAACGACGGGCCCCUCACCAAAGAAGGCAAAAUUGCGCUGAGGAGGUUCGGCCCAGGCUAAGCAUUUUAUUUUUUUAAAAGAUGAAGCAUCACUUAAACAGAUGAAAAGCGUUGUGCUUGUUAAGAGUACUUAUUAGUUAGUAAGCAUCGUGCAACUACAAAAUGAUGUUCUAUUGCUGGUAGGCAUGCAAAGUUUAGCCAUGAAAAUAAGUGUUGCCACCUUUUGUUUCUUUCUCCUUACAGUCCGAAACCCAAAUGUUG